CCGAGUCUUUGUUGGUAUCGUAUCGUAGUGUACGUCCUUCCUUGCGAGUACAUGCCGGAUUACAACAACAACAACAACAACAACAACAACAACAAUAGUACCAUCAGCAUCAGUAACAACGAGUCCGCUGCCGGCAGUACCAAUCCAGUCUCGACGCCCCGCAAAGCGCCUCCCCACACCACGACAUUGUCUCGUGGACGUCGUUCCGCACGGGUGGUGGAGCACGAUCCCGUUGUUGCUCCCGGGUACGGCACGCGCAAAGACUUGCACCGCUUGGCGGCCGAUCUCUCCUCCAGAGCGGGCGUCGUAACGGUCGCCGCGGUCGAAGCCAUUAUGAAGGCUCGCGGACGCGGAUUGCGGGGGAAUAGUAACACUCCGCAUACCGACCAAGACGCUCCCAGCAAUGCACCGCCGGCUUCGUCGGCGUGGGCGGAUUUCAUGGCGGACGAAGGCGUCAGCAGUAACAACAACAACAACACGAGCAACAACGGUACCGGAAAAGGUCCGCGCCCGCAGUCCUCCACGCGGGCUUCCGGUGCCAACGCCAACAAGACCCAGAACGUGACCAAGUCGCCCGGAACUCAACGUGACUACGAGUUGCCCAUUCUCAGUGCUUAUACUUUUCAUGGUACCGCCGGCACGCAUGGAAACGCUACGGAACCCGCCAAGAAAAAAGCCAAGACUCCCAAACAGAAUACCCAGCAACCGGGGUACACCUUGUUGCAAGCCGGAACCCUCGAUAGUACCAUUGUCGGACGCGUCAAGAUUAAAACACCAGAGCCCUACCAUCUGAUGGUUCCCACUCGUAUCGCUAUGGAUCGCAAGUUCACCAAAAUCUUCACGUCCUGCAAUGCCGUUCAUUCCAUUGCGAUUGACGAAGCGGGCGUUGCCUACGGUUGGGGCCGGAACGAGAGUUCCCAACUCGGAGCAAGCUUACCCAAUGUGGUCGUCCUCCCUACCGAACUCGAACUGCCCGACAAGGUCGUGGGCGCCGCCCUCGGCAAGUCGCACACGAUUCUGCAACUCGCCGACCAGUCCCUAUGGGCUGUCGGGGCCAACAAGGCCGGCCAGUGUGGCGUCCGCGUGGGGACGGAAGUCAUUCCCAACUUUCGUAAAUGCGUCGUUCCAGAAUCUGUAACAAUUGUACAGAUUUCCUGUGGCGAAGAUUUUUCGGUCGCUCUCGACUCCGAGGGCUACCUCUAUUCGACCGGCUCUUCGGAAUACGGACAACUCGGUAACGGCGAGACGGGGGAAUACUUCAUCGCCGCCAACAAGCUCGGCUUUGCCAAUUGCAACGUCUUUACGAAAAGAUCCGUGUUUUGUCACACUCCUGGUGAAAACGCGCAUUCCAGCAAUGCGAAAGAUAAGGUCGUCCCUCUCGCAGAGGAUGUUCGUAUUCAAUCGAUUGCCUGCGGAAAACACCACGUGGUUGCCGUCGAAGCACCGUCGGACCAAAAGCCUCGAGUAUUCUCUUGGGGUUCCGGCGACUACGGCUGUCUCGGACACGGUGUACAAGCCGACGAGUACUUUCCCCGUAUGAUUGGUGGAUUCAUUAACACUCCGCUCGGAAACAAUAAGGAUGUUGUCGUUACUGCUGGUGCGCACUGCAGCCUAAUUCGCACAUCCAACGGACACGUGUACUACUGGGGCAAACACCGGCCCGUGGGCGAAGCCGUUAUGAGACCGCAACUCGUGGAUGUUCUAGCCAACAACCAGCACGAUGUCAGGCACUUUGCCGCCGGAGCGCAAACGGUAGUGUGCAGCACCAGUUUAGGACAAACUGUUGCUUGGGGACAAGGACCACACGGUGAAUUAGGUCUGGGGACGCCGAAAUCCAGUGCCAAACCGAGCUUUGUCUCCGCGUUGGACGGCGCUCAAGUAAUGGAUGUGGUCUGCGGCUACGGGCACACGUUGUAUUUGGUGCGGGGAGAAACACCGGAAGACACCAAAAUUAUUGCGGGUCUCGCGGAACUCGAUCUGGAUUCCGUGCAAGACUUGAUUGCCGGCGCGGUGGGAGUCAAGUAGGUAUAAACAAUAAUCAAAGACGAAUCGUUUUUGUAAG